AUGCAUUCCAUCCAGCCAAAAACCCUAUACAGCCGCAUCUUGGAAAGUGUACCUUGGAAGGGUGAUCCGAAUGUCAAGGGUGACCCUAGGAAAAGUGUGAAAUGGAUUGACGGCUUAAGAGGAAUCGCCUCGUUCCUUGUCGUCCUUACUCACCUUGCCCGCGCAUGGGAUUACGACCUGUUUGCACCCUGCGAUAAUGAAGAUGCCGCUCCACGCAUUCUCCAGUGGCCCGUCCUGCGAAUCCCAUGGCAGGGGCGCCUGGGAGUCACCAUAUUCGCCUUCUUGACCGGAUACGUGUGCGCUUUGAAGCCUUUCAAACAGGCUCGCAAUCGCGACAUACUCGGCUCUUUCACAUCUGUAGCCAAGAGCGCAUUUCGCCGUCCGCCGCGUCUUAUUUUCCCUGCUACUAUUGCCUUGAUCAUUUCUUGGGGUAUGGCUCAGUGUGGAGCCUUUAUCGCCGCCAACCGUUCGGACUGCUGGUGGUGCCGUUAUGCUUCCCCUGACCUGGCACCGACUUUCUGGGAGGAGUUCGUCCGGUUGUUCAAGAACUUCUUGGACGUCUGGACCACCGGAUACAUGGCAUACGACGACCACCAGUGGGCUUUGCUUCCGUUGUUGAAGGCGUCGAUGCUGGUAUAUGUGAUGCUCUGCAUUGUCAUGUUUGUCAAAUUCCGCUGGCGUUUGGCCAUCUACCUAGGAAUGAUCCUCUACUUCCACCAGGAUGCUGCCAAAAACACAGAAACUUUCCAAUUGCAGGCAAUCUACGGCAUGUUCCUCAGCGACCUCUCCUACGAGACAGCGUUCAAGGAGUUUGUCGAAAACCACAAAUGGCUUCGCCGAAUUGUCUCAGCAACCCUCGCUUGUACUGGUCUCCUCAUCUGCUCGUACCCAGGCGAACACCCUGAGUGGGCAACUUGGUCAAAUUAUAUGUUCAAAGCCGCCCAUUACAUCUUCCCACCGGACGUCAACAUCGGCAAACGCUACUCCGCCAUCGGCGUCGACAUGAUCAUCUUCGCAAUCUACAUCUCACCCUCUACUAAGGAUUUUCUCGCCAACCGUCUCCUUCUCUGGCUCGGAAAGCAGAGUUUCGCGGUCUACUUGGUCCACGGAACACUUCUACGCACUGUGCUCUGUUGGAUGCUAUACGGUAUUACUGGCCAGCCAUGGGACGGCGAUAUCGUCGACGGCAAUGGCAACCCUAUCCUGGACGAGCAUGGGGAGCCGCUUCACCCGCACUGGAUCCCAAUUCGUGCUCCGUGGGUCGUUGCGAUCUCGAUUCCUUCGUGGAUCGUACUGGUCUACAUUUGCGCCACGUUGUGGACGACAUAUGUCGAUCCGUUCUGCGCGAGGAUGACCCAGAAGCUGGAGAAGCUUAUGUUCGAGGAGGAUGAGAAGUCUGCUGAGACACUGCCUCUUAAUAACAUGCCUAUGACCGCCAUGCCUAUUGCAUAG